AUGAGUACUGAUUAUGAGGUGUUCUUGAGCUUCAGAGGACCGGAUACUCACCUAACAUUCACAGAUUGCCUCUAUGAAGCCAUGAACGACGCGGGGAUCUGCGUUUUCAGAGAUGAUGAAGAGCCCCGCUUUGGUGAAGCUUCUGCAGGCUAUGCUUCCAGUGUAUGGUGUCUCCAAGAACUUGCGCACAUGGUGGAAUGCAAGAGAAGCUCGAAUGAAAAGGAGAUUUUUCCCAUUUUCUACAAUGUGGAGGUGUCAGAUGUCAAGCUCAGAACGGACUUGUACGAUAAUGCCCUGAAGAAGCACAAGAAGAAGUUUGGUUACGAGAAGAGCCUACAUGACAGUUUCAGCGUUCAGUCUCAAAAGUUUUAUGUUUAUGAAAUGAGAGAGAUGCGUCCUGAACAUGCCCCUCAACUUUUCAGCAUGUGCGCCUUCAGAGCAGACUUGCCUCCAGAUGAUUAUAAUGAUCUUUUAAGCAAAGUGGUUGCCACCAUAGGAGGACUUCCUCUGGCUCUUGAGAUUGUAGAACAUGAUGUCAUAUGGAUGCAUGACCAGAUCCAAGAUCUUGGAAGAGAAAUUGUUCGUCAAGAGAGCUUUCAGAUUCCCGAAAGGUGUAGCAGAUCGUGGUCCCCUAAGGUUGGCUUAGAUGCAGCGCGAAAACAAGAGGGAACAGAGAAUGUGGUGGCACUCGUAUUGUGGGGAUUUUUUAGAAUGUAUGAAUUUAGGCAGGAUCAGUUCUCCAAGCUUCCGAAUCUUAGGUUGUUGGAAUUGCAUGAGGGAAUCAACUUUGUUGGAGAUUUUGAGAAUCAUCUCUCAAAAUUAAGGUGGCUUUCUUGGCACAGCUGUCAUCCAAAAUUUAAUGCAACCAACUUUAAUCUAAGGAAUCUAGUCGUUCUCAACCUUUCAAAGAGCGAACUUACAGAAGAUUGGGGUGGAUGGAGCCAGAUAAUGAUGUCAAGUAAGUUUAAAGUUUUGAAUCUCACCAGUUGCAGAUGCUUAACCAAAACACCAGACUUCUCUUCAUGUCUAGCUUUGGAGAGAUUGACUCUUAAAGAUUGUGAAAGUUUAGUGGAGAUCGACUCUUCAAUUGGUAAGCUACAACACCUAACUCACUUGACUAUUGAUGGAUGUAAUGGUCUGAGAAAGCUGCCUGAUGAAGUUAUUUCUAUAAGAUCCUUGACCAGUCUGGUUAUUAAGAAUAUCACGGGAAAGGGUACCAAUAGUGUUAAAGUAGACAACAGUGUUGGUUUCAAAUUGCCUGAGUUGAUUGGCAAUUUAAAAUAUCUGUCAAGCCUUCAAAUGGUUAAUGUUAGAAUCACUGAUCUUCCAUGCUCAAUUGGGCUGCUAAAAAAUAUCAAGAGCUUGUCUUUCUACGGAUGCUCCGAACUGAAAAAACUUUCAGACUCAAUGGGGGCACUACCAUCAUUGGUGGAGUUAGAUUUGUCAUGGACAAAAAUUGCAGAAUUACCCGAAUCUUUUGGUCACCAGAAAUCUCUGUCAGUCCUUGAACUAGAUCGAACUCCAAUUACCAAACUUCCCAGCUCUAUUGGAGGGCUCAUUGCACUUCAGCAUUUGGUUGUAUCUGGAUGUCUCGAGCUAACAAAACUUCCAAAUUCUAUUGGGGAAUUAAAAAGUUUACUUGAACUGGACCUAUCUGAAAUAGGGAUUACCGAGCUGCCAGAUUCAAUUGGAAACUUGAAGAGGUUAAAAGUAAUUAAGAUGAACUCCGGCAAGGUUAAAAAAACUUCCCAUUGCUAUCGGAUUGUUGGAGAAUCUUGA